GGCGGCGGCUUCGCAGUGCAAAUGCGCGGCCGAAGUGUGAGUUGCCUCUUGCCGAUCUCCGCAGCGUUCUUUCUUUACGCCUCAGGAGCCUUCACCAGCCUCCCCUCGGCAAGGCGGAAGCUUUCUGUCCAUCGAAGUGCAGAGGGCAUGUGCGUGGGGAAUUGCCUGCAACCAGACGGCUCUUGGAAGCCGACCGGGGAGAUUGAAAUCCAGGGUCCCGAGGAGGAAGCCAUGGCGGAUUCCGUGUGGCAGGCCUUUAAAUCUCAAUACACCGGUGCUGCUGAGCGCGGCAUUUACAUGGACACCCCAGUGGGGGAGAACGACAUCAAGUAUCGAUGGAGGCGAUUGAGAGACACCUUUGGCGUGAGUUCAGAAGAGGCCGUGGAAAUCAUGGAGACUGACGCCUUGCCAUUGGUCAUCGAUGCGGACUACGUGGCGAAAACCUUCAACGCCAUGGUUGAGGGCUCUUCCCGGGAAAAGGCCCUUGAGAUCGUCCAAAGACACCCGGGCAUCCUGGCCGCGGGGCCCGAUGUGAAGGGGAACAUGCUGCAGGCAGACGUGGCCUCCAAUGCCAUCAACGCUGCCAGGAGUCCGAAAUAUCCAGGUCCACUUCUACCACUUCCAUGUCCACUUCCGCCUUGCCAACUCUUCGCCAAGCUUUUCGCCAACUUCGUGAGCACUGCUGGAGUUUGUCGAAGAUGUUCAGAUGAGUCCCGGGGCACGGCACGAUGGCGACAGGGCGAUGCUGGCGCGCGAUCUGGCGCGGGGUGUUUUCAACGCUUGGUGUCCACGCAGUUGCUGAGUCAAAGACGUUUAAGGUCACUGCAACUGUUGUGA